AUGCAUCAUACUAUUGUCCAGCGGAAGCUUACGCCACGCCUUCCGAUGCUUGCACCGAUCCUCCAAGAAGAGCUCAAUGGAGCUUUCCACCAGAACGUACCUGCUGAUGAUGAUUGGACAGAUUUUCAGCCUUUCUUGAAUCUCGGUCAGGUGGUUGCAAGGGUAUCUGCGCGCGCACUCGUUGGUCCUGCAUUUUGCCGCAACCCUACUUGGCUGGAUAUCUCGGUGAACUACACCCAAAACUUAUUUGUGACCAUUGUCAUAAUGCGCAUGUUUCCUCAUUGGACUCAUCCCGCUGUUAGUCGGCUACUUCCCAGCUGCUGGAGAAGACAAGGAUAUCUUAGAACAGCCAAGAGGCUCUUGGGCCCUACACUUGAAGACUUGAUUCGUCGCAAUGAUGAGGGCACAUGGUCUCCAGAGGCAACGGAAGAGGGCUUUAAUGUUCUCUCCUGGAUGGUUGAAGCAGCCAAGGGUGGUGAUCGCAAUCCGGAUAGCCUCGCACAUGCCGAAGUUCUUCUCGCCCUAGCAUCGGUUCACACUAUUUUGGUCCGGGUUGUGAACGUCAUUUAUGACCUCAUGAGCCACCCCGAAUAUAUUGAUGAGCUCAGAGAAGAAAUCCAAUUUGUUGAGAAAGAUUUCGGAUGGGCAGACGGUAGCCCCGUGCAGGCUUAUGCCCAGCUAAAUAAACUGGAUAGCGUGAUUCGCGAAUCGCAGCGACUGUCGCCGCCAACUAUCCUGGGCAUGAAGCGGCUCUUCAAGCAGGACUAUACGCUCUCGACUGGUUUGAUGAUUGCAAAAGGAACAUAUGCUGCGCUUCCUGUGAUGGCAAUUGAGAAUGAUCCGGAACAUACUCUGAGCUCUGAUGAGUACGACGGACUCCGCAGUUACAGAAAAAUGCAAGCAGCAAAGGAAUCUCAGGAGAAGUGGUCAGAGCAUGAGUUCACAUCAAUUGAUAAAACAACACUUAACUUUGGCUACGGCAAAGCCGCUUGUCCUGGCAGAUACUUUGCCGGCCUUGUGAUCAAAAUGAUUAUGGUGAAGCUAUUGACUGAGUAUGAUUUUCGUUUCAAAGAAGGCUCUGACCGCCCAAGAAACCACCUGGUACAUGAAUUUCUCUUCCCCUGGCCAUGGGACAAAGUACAGAUCCGGCGACGUGAGAAGGGGGUUUGUCCGUUCUAG